AUGGAGAUGGAUCUUAACAAAGCUCUACAAUCAAUGACCAUAGAAGGAGACAGGCCCUUUAAGCUCCCCAUCCACCAGAGAUAUUGUUCUACUGAAAGGAACAAGAUGAGCAUCAUGGGAAAGAUGCUUAACCCGGAGAAUCAAAACAUGAAAAGCCUCAUAUGGGAUCUCCCGAGGGCUUUUAACUGUUUUGAUAGAGUACAUGGAGUAGCGCUCACGAAAGAUAGUUUUCAGUUUUUCUUUAAGUAUGAGGAGGAUCUCAAGAAGGUGCCGGUGAACUACUAUACUGAAGCCACAAUCACAGACAUCGCAGAGGUAAUUGGACAAGUGAUUGAAGUAGCAUUUGAUCCAGAAAAGCCCCAAAGCCAGAGGUAUGUAAGAGCAAGGGUCCUCUUUGACACCUCAAAACCGCUUCGUAACUUCAAGACAGUGGAAUUACCGGAAGGAGAUGUAGUUACGGUGACAUUUGAGUAUGAAAGAAUCCGGAAACGAUGCUUCCAGUGUCUAAGGUUGACACAUGAUAAGUCUAGAUGCCCUGAGAAUCCGGCUCGACGGAGUAACCUUGUCGCAAAGCCAGCUCCCGCUAAGGCAAUUGUACCGGCAGCUAUAGUGGUUCAGACCCCGCGGCUGCUACCAGAUGAUCCUCUGUUUGGUGUUCUAACACAGGCAAGUGGAAGAUAG